GAAAGAUGGGAGGAGCCGAGAAUUGCAGCUCUUAAAAUAUAUUGUGCUCUCCGCCCUAAUCUUAAUCGUCGAAACAGAAACUGAACAUUUUUACAUGGGAGCGUCCAGAUCAAGCCUUCCAGAAUUGCGAAGGAUAAACUGAAAGGUCUAGGAACAGAGUGGAGUCCGGCACAAAAGAAAACAGUCUUGCAUUUGCUGACCUGCCGUGUUUUUCUACUGCGCCAUCCAUCGCUUUUCGUGUGUUAUGGUCUUCUCUGUGCCUUAGACCGAUAUGCAGCCAUGUCGCAACGUGCUGCUCCCUGCCCUUUCUCCAGUUUGGGCUACCAGACAAUGCUUUGCUAGCAAAGCAACAAAGAUGCCUGCCCUCCUUUCAGAGAUUCAGAAGAGACUGGGUAACAUGGGAAAGGGAGCUGUGAUUGGAACAGCAGUGGGAGUAGAAUUCCUGCAAGCCACGGUCUGUGCGGUCCCGGUGUUGCUCGGAGCAGUAGGAUUCACGAGCGGAGGAAUCGCAGCCGCCUCGCUUGCGGCCAAAUGGAUGUCUGCUUCGGCUAUCGCCAAUGGUGGAGGAGUGGCAGCAGGAAGCUUGGUGGCCGGACUCCAGUCCGUGGGUGCAGCCGGACUGGCAGUGGGAACCAAAGUUGGCAUAACAGCUACAGCCGCCAGCGCUGGGGCUGCUGUUGGUGCGUUCAAGAAGGAUGGACCCACCAGCUCUUAAGAUCUGCUGACGAGACUCUGUCUGGACGCCCAAGCAGGGCCUUUACUGCAGAGCCCCAAUGCAAUGGCACAUGUGUCCAAGAAAUGACAGAAUAGCAUUCUCCCUGCUGUAUUUUUGAUUUUGGUUUGGCUUUGAAUUCCUUCCUGUAUGUAAAAUAUGCGUCAAAACCGCCAAUGUGCUGGCACGUGAUUCAUUGAGCUUUUUGACCCCCGGUGGGCCAACCAUAGAUAAAUCCAAGAAAAGAAAAGUUUCAGAAGAAAACAGAACAUUUAAUGGUAUGUGGGCAGACUCAUUUGCUUUCACUGCUGGUGAGACUGGUUUACCAGUAUGCUUAAUAUGUGGUGAGAAAUUGGCGAAGAACAAAAAGUCAAACGUUGCAAGACAUUUCCAGAAUAAACACACAGCCUUUGCUGAAAAAUAUCCGGAUGGAGAUGAGAGAGAAAAAGCCAUUUCAGAACU